ACCACCACCACUUGUUUUCUCCUCCUCUCAAUCAGUCAAUCUCCACCUCCCCUCUCUCUCCUCUCCUACGUUGUUGUUCGGUUUGUGCAAGCCAAGCUAGCCUAGAGCAAGCAAGCAAGGACAUGGCUGCCGCUGUGUCCUUCUCGGCGGCUUCUCGGCUGCGAGCUCUUCCCACGUGGUCUAGCUCCGUAUCCGGCGACGACCACUCCGCCCUGGCCAUGUCGGUGCCGGCGCGCCCCCGUUCUGCACGGCCACUGCGGUCGCCGGCGCGGAUGAUGGGCAACGUCAACGCGGGGAAGGGGCUGUUCGCGCCGCUCGUCGUGGUGGCGCGCAACAUCAUCGGCCGCAAGCGCUUCAACCAGCUCAGGGGGAAGGCCAUCGCGCUACACUCCCAGGUGAUCACCGAGUUCUGCAAGACCAUCGGCGCCGACUCGAAGCAGAGGCAGGGCCUGAUCCGCAUCGCCAAGAAGAACGGAGAGAAGCUCGGAUUCCUUGCCUGACGUGUGAUGGCCGACUCCCUUCCCGCCGCUCUUUCAUUCUAAGCUUUACUAUUUUAUUGAAUAGACGACGACGAUAUGAUGAUUAUUAUGCUACGAUUAAGUCUAAGUGAUGAUGAUGCUACCUUGGUCCGUCUUGGUCGA